AUGAGUAGUUGCAGCGACUUUGAAGAGGUCGAUAUCGAGAGAUUUGAAGAAAUCAUUGAAGAAAGCGGCGGGCGCCAUUCUUCCGAUUCUUUCGCCGUGCUUGGAUCAGAUGAUCCAGACAGCUUCGAAAGAGCAAGUCCAAGCAGCGAGUCAAUUGAAGAUCUUGGCCAUCGAGUUCUUGAGAAUAUCGACGAUUUUCUCAAGAAAGAAAUGACUGAUCUUCAAGAAGAAAAUCUGCGGCUUCGAGAUUUUGUAAGCGUUUCAAUUGAUGAGACGAAGUUGAAAAUGAUGGACUUGCAAGAUCAACUCGAAAAUAUGACCAAAAGUAUGGAAAAAUCGCAAGAAACAGUUGUCGAAAAGCCACUUCGAAAAUCCAAGCUGAAGAAAACAAGGCCCAAGUCGUUGUUUAAAAAGAAGAAAAGCCAUCCCAAGCCACUUUUAAAAAAGAAGCACGAAAAGAAAAUUGACUAUCAGGAUCUUAUUGACCAGCUUGAUGAAAACGAAGCGAUGCUUAAAAGCAUCGAAAGAAAAUUAUCGGCUUCAGAGCUGGAACAAAAGCGAAUUCCUCAAGAAUCUUCUCACCAACGAGCUUUCAUGUGGUUUUCCUCGAUUCUUGCGGCUGUGUUCGCAUCUCUCGCCGUUUUCUUUGCCCAGUACAAUGUUGCUCACUUUUCCAGUCAAAAAUUUAACGAAAAUCUUAUUCCAAAAAAUGAAUGCUUACACUUCAUUUUGAAGCAAAACUUAUCAGAACCUCUUCUUUCCUUCCGAAAUUCAUCAAUUCAAGAAACCAAAUUCAAACCGACUAAAUUUCAAAUGGCAAAAAUCCCCGAGAAAACAACACAAUUUUCUUUCAAAAGAGAAGCAAUCAAAGCUGAAAUCAAAGAAGAAAAUGACGAAGUUGACGAAGAAAUUUCAACCGAAAUCACUGAAUAUCUUCUGGUCGAAUCGCAGAUCUUUGAAGAUGAAUUGCUUGAAUCACCCUGUUUACCUGAAAUCAACGAAGACUCUUUCGAAGAAACAGAACUUGACGAGAAUCAAAACGGCUUUGAAGUUAUUGGCGAUACGGCAAAUCUUUUUGAAAAAGAAAAAAUAAUCAAGGAAGACAAAAAUUUCGAAACGCCUGUUUUCAUCGACAACGAUGAUGACGAUUACAACGAAGAUAUCUUUUUCAAUGACCGAAUGCGACUUGAAUACAUGCAGCGGAUGCGACUGGGCAAUUUCUAUCACAGAGCUUACUUCCAUCAACCAGCAUUUCCAAAUUAUUCCCGGGGACCGAUGUUUUCUCAUCCCAUUGGCUUUGCUUUGAAUUUUGAGAGUUAG